AUAAAAUACAAUUUGGGAACUCGCCGAUGGUACUCUUUAGUCAGUCAGUGGUUUGAUAUAAUGCAUGCUACAUUGAAGUAUCUUUUGGUCUUGAGUGUUGCAAUUGCAGCCUCAGGACACAGCUUACAGCCCGGGGAUGUAGUGUUUCACUUAUUUACACGGCAAAAUCCCCAAGAGAGCAGACCAGUGCUGCCAACUUUCGCUUCCCUGCUGAACUCUACCGUAUAUAACCCAAUGCUGCCCACGAUCAUCAGCAUCCACACCAGCGGUCAGGGUGUCGGUGGUAAUUUCGCAGCCUUCAUAGUGAGAGACCACCUGGCCCGUGAAGAUGUGAACAUAUUCGCUGUGGACUGGAGUCCUGGCUCCUCCAUGUACUCUGAAGGCCUAUCCCAAGCGCCUCAGUGCGGCCGAAUCAUCGCGAACUUCAUCAAUGACGUCAUCAUAGCGGAGUUAAGCUAUGACGUCAACCAGAUCCGUUUUGUCGGACACGGCUUGGGUGCCCACGUUGCAGGAAUUGCUGCAAGACUCAUUAAUGGCAAUGUUCCCCAUAUCUUUGCUCUGGACCCGUCUCUGGUAGGCUGGACUCACCACCCCGAGCGUCUGAACCCCGACGACGCCACUCUUGUGGAAGUCCUCCACACCACGGCUGGGAUCCUCGGCUACGACCAUCCCUUGGGUGACCUCGACUUUUACCCUAAUGGAGGCUCGUUCCAGCCUGGCUGUGCUACUGACGUCAGCUGCUCCCACACCUACGCCUAUGCAUUCUACGCUGAGUCCCUCACCAGCGAAAUCACCAACGGGGCCAAGUUUGUUGGAACCAAAUGCGACAGCUAUGACCAAGCCAUCACGAUGUCAUGCUCUGGAGACAAAGACGCAAUCUUUGGUGGAACUGAAACUAAGACUAGCACCGGAAUCUACACCUUCAGCACAAACAUAUUUCCACCAUUCGCCCAAGGCUAAGACCACAUAAAUCAGCACUGUGAAAUAAAACGUUUCUUUAUUACUUAUUUAUUUGUGAAAUAAAACUGAAGCAUGUU